AUGUCUGCUUGGGAAUCGCAACUUUCAUCUCAAGAAUACAAAUACUUUACUCAAUUAUUUCAGUUUGUAAGUAAGCAGCAGGAAGGCAUCGUUACAGGCGCUGAAGCCGUUCGUUUCUUUGCUACUUCGGGUGUCCCCAACCAAAUACUGUCAGAGAUCUGGGAGGCUGCUGAUCGUGACAAGGUAGGCUACUUGACACCAGAGGCUUUUUCAAUUGCCCUCAAGUUGAUUGCAUGUGCUCAACAUGGAAAAGAAGCCAAUGCCAACGUAUUAUCUACAGUCGUUCCUUUGCCUCAGUUUGAUGGCGCUGUAGCACCCAGUCCUCUUGUAUCCCACACCUCCACACCUUUGGCAACUCCAUCGACAGCAGGAGCAGCAGCAGCAGCAUCUACACCCAUCACUAGCGCAGAACGCGAAAAGUAUGCCAACAUCUUCAAAGUCCAUCAGCCUGUCAAUGGUGUACUGGAUGCCAACACAGCACGCAAUGUAUUUAUAAAGUCCAAGUUGUCCAUGGAGACCCUAAGUCAAAUAUGGUACUUGGCCGAUGUGCGCCAAUCAGGCUCAUUGAAUCAAACUGAAUUUAUUAUUGCCAUGCACUACAUUGCCAAGUUAAUGGAUGGGACACUCUCUAGUUUACCCGAUAAACUUCCUCCUGCUGUAUAUCAGUCUGCUCAAUCAGACUUACUGACAACAGCCACGACACAAUCACCCAUGAUGCGCAACAUGUCUAUCAGUUCGCCUUCCUUCCACAACGCUCGUCAGCAGAGUAUCAUGACACCACCACAGCGUGCAAGAACCAUUGAUUCUCUUGGCAACUUGGCCUUUGGUCCUUCGUCUGCUAUUCACGACCCUGUGCAACAGUGGGAUGUGUCGGCCCAGGAAAAGCAGCAGUUUGAUGCUUAUUUCGACAAAAUCGAUUCUAACGGGGCCGGUGCUAUUCAGGGCAAAGAGGCUGUCGAGUUUUUCAAGAACUCUAGACUGCCAGAGACGGAUUUAGCCCAUAUUUGGGAUCUGGCAGAUAUUCAGCAACGAGGUGCCUUGUCCAGAGACGAAUUCGCUGUAGCAAUGCAUUUGAUUCACAAGAGAUUGGCAGGCGAACAAUUACCUGCGUCAUUACCAAAGACACUGAUUCCUCCCUCCAACACACAGCAACCUCCAUUGCAAUCCCCUUUCGGCAACUCACCCGCUUUUGCAUCUGCUAGUCCUGCUGUAUUUGCUGCUUCGCCUGCACCGCAAAAGCAAACACCUCAACAUUCUCGCUCCCUGAUAGACGACAGCAACACCAACGAUUUGCUGGGCGAUUUCGGUAACGAUCAAGUAUCCAACGAAACAAAUCAAGUCAAUUUGAUGCAAAACCAGAUUUCAUCCCUGUCCACACAAACGAACGAUCUUGUCAACAAGAAACAGUCUACAGAGAGCGUGUUGGAACAACUGAUCAAGCAAAAGAAGGAUUUAGAGGCUCAAUUGACCAACGUUCGCAUGUCGCAUGAAACUGCCGUUAAAGAUUUGAACGAAAUUCAGGAAACAGUGCGCCGUGAAGAGGGCGAGUGGGAUCAAGUGCGUGCUGAAUACGAUACUGCUCAGCAGCAGCUCACUGCACUGCAGAAUGAGAUUGCCCAGGCUCAACAAACGCUGGAGAACGGACGUGCAGAGACAGAGAGUUUGCGUCGUCGAGUCAACGAGAUUCAACAAGAGACAAAUGCUGCUACUGCUGAACUGGAGAAAAUGAGAGCUCAAACAAAGCAACAAAGCAUGAUGCUGGAUAUCAAUAGACGCCAAGUUACUGCUGCUGAACAGGAUCGUGCUCAAGCGAAACGCCAUUUGGAAGACUACAAGACUGCGGGUAAUCUGAACGCUGAGGAAGAUGAUGUUAGCACAGAGAACGACACAGAUGAAGACGAAUCUAUUUUCGCCGAUUCCAAACAAGAUCCUGCUACUGCCAACACGGAUCAGCCUUCUGUUGCCAUGGCAACAAGCCCCGAACCGACACCCUCCGUCGUAUCUACUCCUGCUCUCCACAAUUUGUUUAGCGAGUCCCCUGCGCCCAAGUCAGCUACAUCUCCUUUUGCUUCUUCAGCUAGUCCAUUUGAGGCAUUCUCUCCUGCCGCCACCACCACCCAUGCCACGGGUACUACAAGCAGCGAUGAUUUUGAUGCCAUCUUUGGUAACAUGAGCAGCCCUACUACCUCCAUCGCCACAGCUCCUGUUAAUGCAUUCGAUUCCACUGCCUGGGCUACCACGGCUACUGCUGGCACACCAACAACACCUUCCACCGCAAAAUCAUCACGUGGUCCACCUCCUCCACCUCCACAAAGCAGACAUCAUAGACAGCCCUCUGAGAGCGUCAGUUCUGUCAAUUCUGCUACCUCUCCCUCUACUAUAUCUAAAAAGCAACGUGCUCCUCCCCCACCACCUCCUGCCAUGGCAGCUCAACAAACACCUACACAAAUUCAAGAGAAUUCGGAUGAAGAUGAUUUUGAGGCUGCAUUUUUAGGCAAUUUACCUGAGGCCAAGGUGGUUACCAAAGAGAAUGAUGACGAGGAUGAUUUUGCAGAUUUUGAUGAUGCCUUUAGCGCGUUUGAUACCAAGCCAAAUGCUGCCAGCACACAACCACAACAGCAGCAACAGGCAUCCACCGCAGUGCCCGCCUCGCCCACCCCUGCUUCUACUUCUGCUGCCACCAACGACAAUUGGGCAUCUAGCUUUGGUGGAUUCAAUUUCCCUGGUCAAGAGACCGUAUCUCAAAAGCCUGCUUCUGCUGCCGCAACUACAGCGGCCAAUGACGAUGAUUGGGAUUCCAUCUUUGGAUCUGUUGCCACAGCACCUGCCACAGCACCUGCCACAUCAAACGAUCAAACGUCCCCAUCCGCGCCUGCUACUACCACUACAAACACUCAUAAUAACGGCUUUGAUGAUGCGUUCUCCAGCUUUGGCGAUGAUUUCGGCAAGCAAUCUCCUGUGGUAACUUCUUCCAAGGGCAAGCAACCUGCUAAUGCCUCCUCUGCUUCUCCAUCUCCCGUCACAGCGACAAAAUCGCCCAUUCAUUCUAUUGGCAUCGUAGGCGACAAGAUUGAGGAAUUGGUCAAAAUGGGAUUCAAUGAACAAGAAGCCAAAGACGCUUUAAAUAGAUACGACCAGGAUUUAGAAAAAGCUAGUAACUUUUUGCUUGAUCAGUCUUCGAAAUCAUAA